GUUACAAUAACGGCUUAGCAAAAUACACAAAAAGUUUUGAAUUUGCAGUUUUAAAAAAUGGGGGAGUACUUAAAUGAUAGCAAGACCCAAGCGGAGGAUCACGCUCUGAAGGGAACAACACUGUCCAGCGAGCCCUUCACCAUGAGCACCUUCGCGCAAGUCCUCAAGGAGAUCGGGGAGUUCGGCCCCUUCCAGAAGCGCCUGGUGGCAGCUUUGUGCGUCCCCAACAUCUUCGUAGCUUUCGAUAUCAUCGGGCAGGUUUUUAGCGGUCUCAGUUUCCCGAACUACUGCAACACUGACUGGAUCCUAGAUCUGGCAGAUGCAAAUUUGACGCUAGAGAGGCAAAAGGAGCUGACAAUCCCCACAAAUCCAGAUGGAAGCUACGAGAGUUGUCUCAUGUACACGCCGGUCGAUUCGGACUUGGAGACCAUCGAGAUGUAUGGCCUCAACUCCACCACGGGUUGCCUGAAUGGAACCCGAUUUGAAGUGCCGACCGGGGCGUCUAGCAUUGUGACAGAGUUCAAUCUAGCGUGUGAAGGGAGAACGUUUAUUGAGGCAUCUCAGUCAAUUUACAUGGCCGGACUUCUGGUUGGUGCCUUUGUAUCAGGCUCCAUGGCUGACAGGUUCGGUCGCCGGUUUGUGGUGUUGCUCGCCAUUCUUCUUCUUAUGUUGUUCGGCGUCAGUUCCGCCUUCUCUCCCAACAUCUACGCCUACAUUGCUCUCAAGUUCCUGUGUGGAGUGUCUAUGGCAGGAAUUCUAACCAACGCAUUCGUCAUAGGUGGCGAAUGGUGCGAGUCUUCCAAGUUUGCCUUCUGUACCAUCGUUAGUCACGCUUUUUAUCCCAUUGGCCUUAUGCUGUUGUCUGGUCUGGCCUAUUUGAUCCCCGACUGGAGGAUGCUCCAACUGGCCCUCUACGGCCCUCUUCUUCUUGUACUGGCCGUAUAUUACUGGGUUCUCCCAGAAUCCGCCCGCUGGCUCCUCACUCAGGGCAGGAAGGAGGAGGCCCUGAAAGAGGUUUGCAGAGCAGCAAAAAUCAACAAGAGGAAAGUGUCCCCACAUUUGCUGGAUAAGAUGGACGUUGACGGGAAUACGAAAAGAGGCACCAUGUUGGACAUCUUCAGGGUUUCAUAUCUGAGAAAACGAGCGCUCAUCAUGGGUUACGUCUGGUUUGGAAUCAGCGUGAUGUACUACGGACUGAGCCUAAACGUCGGAAACUUUGGAUUGAACAUCUACCUCACGCAAUUCAUCUUUGGCCUAGUGGAGAUUCCUGCCCGUUUGGGUUCUUUGCCGCUUAUCGGACGCUUCGGGAGGAAACGAUGCGAGGCCUUCUUGUUAAUAUUCGGAGGAGUUGCUUGCCUUUGCAUUAUCCCCGUGCCCGAAGACCUUCCUGUGGUUGCGACGGUCAUCGCCGUACUUGGGAAAUUUGCAUCCACUGGCUGUUACUGUAUUGUGUAUGUGUACACAGCAGAACUGUACCCAACCACACUAAGGCAGAGUGGUGUAGGUCUGAACUCUAUGUGUGCUCGUGUGGGAGGCAUUUUGACUCCUCUUAUAAGGCUCCUGGGUGUCUACCAUGAUGCUAUCCCCAUGGUUGUGUAUGGCGUCGUACCUAUUAGUGCGGGGGGCCUUUGUCUGCUGUUGCCAGAGACUCUCAACGCAGAACUUCAGGAACAUGUCGAGUUAAAGAGAAUUGACAAAGGGUACGAAGAUGAGAAGAAAUGAAGAAAUGUUAACACUUGUCUAUUUAAAUCCGACGUUAGUAGAUUGUUCUUCCUGAAGAUGCGCGUGUGGCGGACUGGCAGGUUUUUUUUAACACUGGGUUUUGAAACUUGGCAUUAUAUUUUAGGGAUCAAAGCACAGUUCCCCACCCCCGAAUCUUUUACCGGAACGGCGUUCAGGUCCGGUCUGGUCAUAAUGCACACUAUGCACAAACAGUUUACAGUCUAUUUAAGGAUAUUUUACUUUCCGGGUGAUAUUUAUGUGAAAAGAGCAAGUUAUAGGAAUAUGAUGGACAAGUUUGGAUAAGUGGAAUUAAGUUCACCUUGUAAGGUUUAUAGUGACCAAGAAAACUUGGAAGAUCAUUAAUGUAGACCGAGAAUAACAGAAGACUUAAAUUUGAACCUUGUGGCACACCUUUGUAGAUAAUGAGCCCUGAUAGAAAACACUGAAUUCUUGGAUGUGGAAAAAAAUGUCAAGAUGCCAAAGAAUUUUUUUUUUUAAGUAUAAUUUUAUUAAUGUUAUUUAUGUUAUUUGUAUUUUUGGAUG